CCCACUUCGGUGUGCAGGUCGGUCUUGUAAACUCCGCCCUUUCGUGUUUUUCUUCUUUCUCCUCCUCCUCGCAAAUCGUGUUCUUCCAUUACUUUGUGUGCAGAUUAUGUUUGUUUUGCGGGCAUUCUUGUCUGCACCCAGUUUGCUAUAUCACCACGCAUCGUCAGAGUCUGUGGAGCCUCAUGGGGAGCGGUUCAGCUCACGCCGAAGCCCGUGUGCUCAUCAGUCAAUGUGAUUACAAGGGAGGUGCUGUGGGUGACGGUGGAUUUGAAAAGCAUUUUUUGCAUCUUCGUAACCCAGUUACAGGCUCGAAAGCGUGUUAUUUGGUGGCAACUGAUGGAAAGCUACAAGAGCUUCAUUGGUCCAAACAGACGCACACUUCUUGGUUCAUUGACAACUUCGCUUGCGCAGAUGGCAGUUUAUACUUAGCAACACCAAUAGAUCCUUUAUUCAUUAUUCUCCCCAUUCUAGAGCAAUUGCGCAUGAAGAAAGGAGAUGACUUGGGGAAGUUCAGAUCGCUCGAUGACAUACUCUCAGUGGAUGGUUACCCAGGCUAUAGAUAUCUACUUCCCUAUCUCCAGAGGUCUAUUGGGGUCAUUUGUGAAACAAGAGACGUUGGGCAGGUCAAGUACUACAGGCUGGACGACUCCAAAACUGUAGCUUGGCUGAUUUGCAAGGUGAACAGAUUAUCCGGAGCCUUACGGGCAUCAUCACGUAAUUUUCAAGGAAUGGUUUCAAAUGAUCUAUAUACUUAUGUGACCAAAAUGCUAGAAGAAUAUGUUAAGAUGGAUCCCUGGGUGCCAGCAAUCUGUAAAUACUUGGGAGUGGAUAUGGAUACUUCGAAGACAGCACAUGUACCUUUCGUACCCACCAUGUCUGCCCCUCAAAAACCACAGGAAAACAAGAGGAGCAAACAAAGUGGCCCAGCUACGAAGCAGAUAGCGUCGUCCAAGAACAGUAAAGAACCAGGAUCUCGAUUAAUCACUAGUUUCUUUGUGAAACCCCGCUAAAAUUGAUGAUUGAUGGAGAUGGAGAUGGAUUGAGUACCAUCUUCUUCAUGGCCAUUAACCAUGUGCCUGUGUAAUUUAUCUUCAUCUGGCUUCUCGAAGUGGCCUAGCCAACAUGAAAAGAUCUUUGUACAAAAAACUAGCCUGUGCUUUGACUGCAGUCCAAUAACUGAUGCCGAGAUCGUUUAACAAAUCUGCGAGCAGGAUCAUCAGCAUAUCGCCAACGCAAAUCUCUCAGUGGGUGGCAGCUUUGUGUAUGUAACCGAGUGUUCGUCACAUGCUCUCCUGCAAUUUAAUCCAAGUGAAUCCUAGAUUUCUUAGCAUGGUCGAUAGAUCUUUAGGAUGGUCAACCUUUUGCUUUGUUACAAAGUCAAGGUUGACCCAAACUAAGCUACAUCUAGUUAUUUGUUACAUUCCCAGCUAUUAAAUCAACUACCUAUGUUCGCUUUAUGAAAGUGAUCUUCUGGACUGCACUUAGUAAGCUGUCUGGUUAAGUUUCUUUUGAAUGUCGAAAGUGAGAAAUAGUACAUCUGUCAUUCCCACGAUGUAAUAUUUUACAGUAUCAUUCUCUGAAAGAAUUCAAAUCAACCUUUGGAAAA